AUGGCCAUGGGAAUAAUCAAAAUAGCAAAUGCUAAACAAAAGCUCCGGCGAUCCCUUACACCAAAGAAGAAUGGGUUCCUGGGUGCUAUGGAUUCCCCGAAGAAAGGAUAUUUCGCUGUUUAUGUUGGUGAGACACACAAGAAAUAUUUCAUCCCUAUAUCAACCUUGGAUCACCCUUUGUUCAGAGAACUUUUACAUUGGGCUGAAGAAGAAUUUGGUUUUGACAACUCAGAAGGAGGUCUUAAAAUUCCUUGCACUGAAGAUUAUUUCGAAGGUCUCAUUUCCCUGAUAAGUUCUGUAUGA